UCUAUAAAAAUGGUUUACUAUCAAUUCACAGUUGAAUUUAAAAAUGAAACUGAAGAAGCUGACGAAUACAAGAGCGACAGCAGUGACAAUAUCCGCUACGAACUCGGAGGCAAUAUAAGUUCUCUACAACAUCAAUCGACUCAAGAUCGUAAAAAAUUAUUGAAACGCACUCGAAGCUUGGCCGUUAUCAGCGAGGACGACUGUAACGGCUGCGGUGGUAGGUCAUCAUCGUGUGGUUCAACAUCGUCCAUUUUCGAUUCUUCAUCGCUGCAACAUCAUCGCAGACCCCAAUUAAUACCUCGAGCAAAGCUAAUUGAUCGCAAUGUACUCAAGGAUAGAUUGUUCAAGAGUCAGCAGCAUCUGUUGGAUAACCACGAUCAUUUAAAUGAAGUGUCAAAUAAUUCUCGGAGUUAUUGUCACAGCCACUCGGUUUCUGAUAUUUACUCAUUACCUCCGUUGCCCGAUCCUCUGCCGUACGCUAAAUCUACUACGGCUAGAAAAAAUCAUUAUAGAAGCGCCGAAAAACCACAGAGCCAUUAUCAACAACAGCAACCACAAUUACCAAAGGACAAAUUUAAUAUUCUAAAGUGGCCUGAAUCUCCUAGACGUUAUCGCAGUGUUCAGGAUUUGAACAGUGUUACUGGGCUAGUAGAUAUAGUAGAGGAUAAUAAUUGGCCAGUUGAAGAAAAUCGAAGCGUUGAUUGCAUUUACACACAAGUAAAGAGAAAAAGAAAGGAGCAUCGGAGCUUAGAUAGUAUAUUGUUCGAAGAUGACAGUGACGAGCUGGAAUACUUUGAUAUUUUAAAUUUAUUGCCUUUAUCGAAUGUACGCCUAGAAAUCAACGAUGCAGAAGUUACAAAUAAUAAAAAAAAUUGCGAUGAAAACUUAGUCAAAGAAACAUCUAAUCGUAAGUGGAUAUCGAAUUCUGCUGUUGUUUCUUUUUCAAAAGAUGGUAGAAGAUAUUUUGAGCAUCAGCAGUUCAAUCCAGAAACAAUCCGCAUUACGGAAGUCAAUGAAAAUUCAUCUCAAAUUAAAAAUAAAAACGACAAUGAGAAAAAAUUGAAAAAUUUAAGAAAUUGCAUUAUAGUAGACGCGACAAAUAAAAAGUCAGUUAAUUUAAUCCACAAUCCAUCAAAAGAAAAUCAUACUUCUAAGCCUAGCGUUCGAGAGUUGGAUGAUACAUUUCAUACACAUCAACAGAAAAAACAGAGUGAAGAAGUAAUAAGACCACAAUAUUUGGCACAGGAAAAUACCGAAGUGGUUGUUAUAAAGCCAAAUGAUAAUGAUUCUAUAAAAAAACAAGAAAAAUCAAACGAUUCCUACGUAACAAACGGCAGUAAAACUUUUGUAAACGGUCAUAUUGAAGAAACAGAAGAAACGAAAUCUCUUUGGAUAUCAGACAACGAAGAGCCUGAAGACAUGUCUCGAAGACCCCAAGUUUUAAAAAUAAUCGAUAAUAAGGUUACUAAACCUAAUACCGCAGCAAUAAAGUCGAAAAAAAAUAACGUACGGUCUGCAAAAAGUAUUUGUACGAACAGUAAUGAUAACUACAUUCAAAAAGUAAAGACAAGAAACUGCGAUGAAUCUGAUAAAUCUGACCAUAUUGGCCAAGCCAAGUCUGAUACAGAAAAUAAUGACAUCGAGAAAAAAAGGUUUAGCGUUGAAAUCGCUCGAACUUUUUUUGAGAAUAAAAAUUCUGAUAAUGACCAACCAACAGCAAACUCUCAAUUGGAUGGAAGAUUAGAAAAGAUUAUUAAAGAAACCUCAAGUAUGAUAGGUAAAGCUUGCAAUGUUGUAAAAGGAAAUUUAGGUUUUGAAGCUGGGUCUGAAAGUUCGGAUUUGGGUAUUGGAUCUGAAAUAGGUAGCGAUGACAGAAGACUAUCCGUUGAUGAUGGUACACUUGUUGUUGAUCAUGGGGCUAACAAUCAAUGUGCAUUAAAUGAUGAUCUGAAACACUCCUCUGGCGUUCAAGAAAAAAAUCAAAAAAAUUACACGAACCUAACCAGAUCCAUUAGUUGCAUUGAUUCGAUUGAGUGUCAAGAUAUUAAUGAACCUGAAUUCGAUCACGUACGCUAUAAAAUUGUAAAAUCCAACAUGUUUGGCAAAAGCAUAAUUAACAAUUCAAAAAAUGAUGUAAAUUAUGACGGACUGAUGCACUAUCUACGCAAAUAUUCGUUUCAAGAUCUAUUAACCGAUAAUAAAGUUGUUAUUAUCGAACCUGUCAGAGCCGAAGUUGAACGAAAGUGUUCUUUUAAUGAAUCGAAGCUCAAAUCAACGCAAAAUUGUAGAGUAAAAACAGGUUCUCUCGAUCAAAUUCGUACACAAUCUAACGAGGAUAGAACCAUGAAAUCUAAUAAACACUUUAUCAAAGCUCCUCGACAAUCGUCACUUCGGAAGCAUUUCUUCUAUCAGCCUAUUAGAGUUAAUAGAGAACUUAAUGAUGAAGAACUUCCUGAUCCAGAUACAGUAAAAAACGUCCGUCGAAUGUUUGAAGAAACUUUAAGAAAGAAACUAGAAGCUGAAGUAGAUUCAAGUAAAGACUGCAGCUCACGUAAAAGCGUCAGCAUGAAGGAUUUAAGAACAAUUGAGAAUAAUCAGGCAUUUGAGUAUAAUAAUAAAGCUGCAGAAGUUUCCAGGUCAAGAUGUUCCAGCCGUGCUAAGGACCUGACUAAACUUUUCGAAAACCUGGAAAAAAUAGCUAGCCCACCAUCGACAAGUAAAACAAGCAAAGAUGACAUCGACAUUCCUCGCAACGAAUCCAAAGCUCGUUUAAUAGCUCAAUCAUUUGAGGCAAAAAGUGGGCGUACGUCACCUAGUAACUCAAACAGCUCAAAAAUAAAAUUACAAAAAUAUAAUCAACAGCCGCGUCUUCUUCAUAAUUGGGAUUCAGGAAGUGUAAGUUCGGGAGUAUCUAGUGACUAUCCUGACACUGACCCAGGCAGUGCUCAAGCUGGUACUUCAUCGGAAGAUGAAGACUUGUAUUACCAAGACGAUGAAAUCGAAGACGAAAGAUACGAAGGUCAUUAUGUAUCGCAAGAUGUUUUAAAAAAAAUUCGGGAAUACGGUACUUCGGUUACGUAUUACGGCGGUAAAGUAGUCAACACGUGUAACGGUCCUCUUAUAUGCCCUAUGGUUUGUAAAAAAAUGGGAAUGAAAAAACCAUUGGAUCACAUAAAAUUCCGACUGGUCAAGAGCAAUUCGUGCGAUAGUAGGCUAGAAUUGACGGGCCGAGUUGUAGAAACUCGAAAUAAAUUGUUAUGUAAUCGAGCGCAGGAAAAGCGUCGUAUCGAUUUGAGGCAGUUAACCAUCGACGAAACUCCGAGUAUCGAAUUAACUGCCAUGGAGCAAAGGCAAGAUUCAAGCAAAACUCGAGAGAAAAAUGACAUUAAUAAGGAGGAGAAACGUAAACCUCCUGAGGUAAUUGGCUUGGAACCGAAAAAAGAGGAAAAUAGCACGAAUUUUAAAGCUGACUUCAAACUCGGUAAAUUGGAAGACACUGCAUCAGUGAUAAACAGAUUUGCACCAAGUGCUCUCACGAGAUGGCAAGUGAACGAUGGUAAUGCUUGGAGAAGAAUUAAUGAAUUUGGGAAGAUGGAGUUCGAGGAGUUUGAAGUACUUGAAGACAGUCUUAAUGGAUAAUUUUACACCAGUGCAAUUAGAAUCAAUUAAUAUAAAAGUAUACAAAUAUAUGCCAAAAAGAAACGUUACAAGAUGAUUAUAAAUGCUUGAAAACUUUACUUCUUAAUCAGCCACCCGCUUAUAUUGCUACUUAAAUGAAGUUCACAACUAUAGUUAUCACACCCAUAGGCAUCGGGUCAUAAUGUGAAUGCGUAAAAUACAUAAUUAUAUAUAAAAGGAAAAAAAUAUUUAAAUAUAUACAUAUUGUCCGUUAUUUAAAAAAAUGAUCGUGUUUGAAUUGUGAGUCAAGGUGAUUAUAAAUGUAGAAAUUGUCUUAGAAUAUUUUUAUUGAUAUUUUAUGUUUGUCUCGUUUUUUUAUUCCAAAGGAUGAAACCAAGAUUCGAUCUUAUAAUUAAAUUUUUUGUAAAUGUCAAAUACAUUAUGAAAUAAAGCUGUAGUUAUAGUUUUAAGAAUAAAUGAUAUUAAAUUAUUAUUAUGAA